GGACCUGGCAACCCGCCCCGGACCUGGCAACCCGCAGCUCAUUCAGCCCGGACCGCAGCGUGGAAACAUGGUGCUCGACCUGGACCUGUUCCGGACGGACAAAGGCGGCGACCCCGAGGCCAUCCGAGAGACGCAGAGGAAAAGGUUCAAGGAUGUGACUCUGGUGGACAAACUGGUCUCCGCGGACUCGGAGUGGAGGAAAUGCCGCUUCACUGCAGACAACCUCAACAAAGCCAAGAACCUCUGCAGCAAGAGCAUCGGGGAGAAAAUGAAGAGGAAGGAGCCGGUCGGGGAGGACGGGUCGGUACCGGAGGAGGCCCAGAACCUGGAGUCGCUGACGGCUGAGACGCUUUCGGCUCUGACGGUGACGCAGAUCAAGAAGGUGCGCGUCCUGGUGGACGAGGAGGUGGAGAAGACGGACAGGGAGAGGAUGAGGCUGGAGGCCGAGCGCUUCGAGUACCUGAGGGAGAUCGGCAACCUGUUGCACCCGUCCGUGCCCAUCAGCAACGACGAGGAUGCAGACAACAAGGUGGAGCGGACCUGGGGCGACUGCAGCGCGCAGAAGAAGUACUCGCACGUGGACCUGGUGGUCAUGAUCGACGGCUUCGACGGCGAGCGGGGAGCCGUGGUGGCCGGGAGCCGAGGCUACUUCCUGAAGGGCCCGCUGGUGUUCCUGGAGCAGGCUCUGAUCAGCUACGCCCUCCGGAUCCUCCACAGCAAGGAAUACACCCCGCUCUACACGCCCUUCUUCAUGAGGAAGGAGGUGAUGCAGGAGGUGGCGCAGCUCAGCCAGUUCGACGAUGAGCUCUACAAGGUGAUCGGGAAGAGCAGCGAGAAGUCUGACGAGGGUGGAGUGGACGAGAAGUACCUGAUCGCCACCUCGGAACAGCCCAUCGCCGCCUUCCUGCGGGAGGAGUGGCUGAAGCCCGAGGACCUGCCCAUCCGCUACGCCGGCUUCUCCACCUGCUUCCGGCAGGAAGUGGGUUCCCACGGCCGCGACACCCGCGGCAUCUUCCGGGUGCACCAGUUCGAGAAGAUCGAGCAGUUCGUCUACGCCUCGCCGCACGACGGGAAGUCGUGGGAGAUGUUUGACGAGAUGAUCGGGACGGCCGAGGAAUUCUACCAGUCGCUGGGAAUCCCGUACCGCAUCGUGAACAUCGUCUCUGGUGCCCUGAAUCACGCCGCCAGUAAGAAGCUGGACCUGGAGGCCUGGUUCCCCGGCUCGGGGGCCUUCCGGGAGCUGGUCUCCUGUUCCAACUGCACGGACUACCAGGCCCGGCGCCUCCGCAUCCGCUACGGCCAGACUAAGAAGAUGAUGGACAAGGCCGAGUUUGUGCACAUGCUGAACGCGACCAUGUGUGCGACGACCCGCGUGAUGUGCGCCAUCCUGGAGAACUACCAGACAGACGAAGGCAUCGUGGUUCCGGACAUUCUCCGGCCGUUCAUGCCUCCCGGUUUGACGGAGAUCAUCAAGUUCGUGAAAGCCGCCCCCAUCGACCAGGAGAUGUCCAAGAAGGCGAAGAAGCAGCAGGACGGAGGGGGGAAGAAGAAGAAGCAGGGAGGGGGGAACCAGAACCUGCCCAACGCCAUGGAGAACAUGUGCGUCAACGACUCGUAGACGCCGCCUCGCAUCAGCAGCGCCGCCUCUUCGCCUCUCCGCCUCGCAGACAUUAAGAUCGGGGUCCGGUUCCCUCCUGCAUAAGUUACACUGAUAAAGGGACCCCCCCUCGUCCACUUCUGUCACUCACAGUCUGAAAUGACUUGAAAGACCAUGAAAGACCAUGUGACUCUGCAUUUGUCAUCACAAUAAUCAUAGAUCUCUGUCCGGACACUCGCAAGUUAAAGAUGAACAUAUAUUAUAUAUAUAUGAUGCGCAUGGAGGAAGUGGCACUCGCUGCAAACAAUAAUAAAUACUGUUGAUAUGGAAGCUCUCUGUGUGUU